UUCCCAAAGCUGCUUGUCUGUAUUGGUUCCUGUCACAAACAAAAACAGUACCACUGCUUUCUUCGUUCCUCUUCUUCUCUUUCCUCUCUUCUGCUAUACCAUCCUUAAACUGCCUCCUCUUUCUGCGUUUUCAUUUCUGCAGAUUCAACUAUAACCAGUCUCUGUUUCACCUUCAAAAUAUCUCAAACAAAGUCGAAUACCCAACUUUAGGUGAAGCUUUCUUUUAGACCCAAAAGAAAGUAACUUUGCUUACCAGAACUCGAGGCAUUACAUUACCCCACAUUUGCAGAAUGAACCAAAUAAGCCAUCGCUUUGGCUUGUUAGCAAGGCAAACAAAAAGAAACGAGUUUUGUUAUUCUUCUUCUUCCUAGACUGCUUGGUUCUGUUCUGCAAAAUCGGUUGAUCUAAGGAAAGAGAGGUCGACGCAGAAUGGGUUGCUGCCAUUCCAGUAUCGAGAGAGAAGAGACGGUGUCGCGUUGUAAGGCGAGGAAGCGAUAUAUGAAGCAGUUUGUUCAAGCAAGGCAUGCUUUUUCUGCUUCGCAUGUUAUGUAUAUACGCUCUCUUCGUACUACAGGAUCUGCUCUGCUUCAGUUCGCCAAUGCAGAGACGGCCGUUCACCACCAACAUCACCACCACAACCUCCAUCUCCAACACCAUCUUCCGCCGGAGCCGGAGCCGAUCCGGCCGUUGCCGCCGCAGCGAACUCCGGGGCCGAUGCCGACUCCGUUACCCCCGAUGAGUCCGAGUUCAGACACGUGGACGUCAAUGACGGCCUCCCCUGCUCUACCGCCACCACCUCCUCCCCCACCGCCGCCUCCUCCGGUGUCGUCUUCCACUUGGGAUUUCUGGGACCCAUUCGUGCCACCACCUCUGGCCUCGUCGAGGUCAUUGACCGAGGAAUGGGAAGCCACGACGACCACGGGGUCGGAAAUUGUCGCGAUGACGACGGGGGCGACAAGCGUGACGACGGUGCCGCCGUCUAUGGUGAGUGGGUUCUCCAAGGAAGCACCGAGCAGCGACCUUGCGAUGGUAGUGUCAAGGAACACCAAAGAUCUCGUUGAGAUUAUAAAAGAACUUGACGAUUACUUCCUCAAAGCUGCUGAAGCUGGUGGCCAAGUCUCAUUACUCUUAGAAGUUCCAACCUCUGGUUUUUCUAAUCAAAGUAAAGAAAGUAAAGUUUACAACUAUGGGUGGGGUUUGAGUCCAUCGUUGUGGGCAUGGGGUUCGAAUUCGAAUACAAAAGCGAAUGGAUUUGGAAAGUAUAGUCAUGAAAUGUCGGUUGGUAAUUUUGUGGCUAAAGAUGUUGGAAAUGGUAGUCACUGUUCUGCAGUGGAGAGGCUAUAUGCAUGGGAAAAGAGAUUGUACCAAGAGGUCAAGAAUGCUGAGACCAUAAAGAUGGAGCAUGAGAAGAAGGUAUCGGUGCUAAGGAGGUUGGAGAUCAAGAAGGCAGACUAUGUGAAGACAGAGAAGACAAAGAAAGAAGUGGAGAAAUUGGAGUCGCAGAUGAUGGUUGCCUCUCGGGCCAUUGAGAGUACAUCAGCUGAGAUUAUCAAGUUAAGAGAGACAGAGCUGUACCCACAACUUCUUGAGCUUGUCAAAGCAUUGAUGUGCAUGUGGAGAAACAUGUAUGAGUGCCAUCAAGUACAAAAGCACAUCGUUCAGCAGCUGGAAUACCUCAAUACCAUCCCAUCAAAGCAACCAACAAGUGAAAUUCAUAGGCAAGCAACUCUCCAGCUUGAGCUUGAAGUUCAACAAUGGCACCAAUCCUUUUGUAACCUUUUCAAGGCUCAUAGAGAUUAUAUUCAGUCCCUCACAGGUUGGCUAAGGCUCAGCCUUUUCCAGUUCAGCCGUAGCCCGCUGAGCCAAACUGCUGAGGACUCCAAGAUAUUCUCUCUAUGUGAAGAAUGGCACCUUGCUGUGGAUCGCAUCCCAGAUAAGGUGGCAUCUGAAGGGAUCAAGAGCUUACUAACAGUUAUUCAUGCCAUUGUAGUUCAACAAUCAGAGGAACAUAAACAGAAGAAGAAAUCAGAUUCUGCAUUUAAAGAGCUUGAGAAGAAAGUGGUGCAGCUUCGGUUGUUAGAGGGCAAAUAUGGCCCAUAUUCCAUGCCCGAAUCGAUGCGAAACAAGGAUCCUGUCACGGAGAAAAGGGCAAAGGUCGAGAGUUUGAAAGGAAAAGCAGAGGAAGAAAAGAACAAGCAUGAGAAGUCAACCAGUGUGACUAGGGCAAUGACUCUGAACAACUUGCAGAUGGGCUUCCCACACGUGUUUCAGGCGAUAGUGGGGUUUUCAAGUGUAUGUACCGAGGUUUUCGAAUCAGUAUACAACAAAGCUAAAAUCACUCAACAAGAGCAUGAUGUGAAGAGAAUAUUACCUUAGAAGAAAUGGUCUGGUUGUGUACAGAUAAUCAUCAUGCUUUGGUAUAGUAAAAAUAUGAGCUUUAAGAUUGUGUUUACACCCCGCCAGUGAGAUCUAGUUCACUCAUUUUUUUUAUCUUUUUUUUUUUUUUGGUUGGUAGGACUCAGUUUGCUGUAAGCAGAGAAACUAGAAAAUUAUGAUGUCAGAUUGAUUGUGAUUUCUUUGAUACUCCUGACCGCUCUGUAUUUCUGCCUAUAGCCUUCCAAAUUUUCAGGAGAUCAAUCCUGUGAAAUUUCAUAAAACGGACAAUGUGUGAACCUGCAGAGGUUCUGGACUUCAUCACAAA